AUGUCGGACACUGUAGGCAAGACAAUCACCUGUAAGGCAGCUGUGGCCUGGGAAGCCAAGAAACCAUUAGUUACAGAAACUAUCGAGGUUGAGCCACCUAGAGCUGGAGAAGUCAGAAUUAAAAUUCUAGCUACCGGUGUAUGUCAUACUGAUGCUUAUACUUUAGACGGGUUUGAUUCAGAAGGUGCUUUCCCAGUGGUAUUAGGGCAUGAGGGAGGUGGUAUUGUUGAAAGUGUUGGAGAAGGUGUAACAUCCGUAAAAACAGGUGAUCAUGUAAUUCCCUUGUACAUUCCUCAAUGUUAUGAUUGCAAAUUUUGUACCAGUAAGAAAACAAAUUUAUGCUCAAAAAUUCGUGCCACGCAAGGUAAAGGUGUGAUGCCUGAUGGAACGUCUAGAUUUCGAUGUAAUGGUAAACAGUUAUUCCAUUUUAUGGGAUGUAGUACAUUCAGUGAAUAUACUGUUGUAGCUGAAAUUUCUGUCAGCAAGGUUGAUGAGAAAGCACCACUAGAGAAAGUUUGUUUGUUGGGCUGUGGUAUUUCAACUGGGUAUGGUGCAGCUUUAAAUAGUGCUGGUGUUGAAUCUGGUUCAACAUGUGCUGUUUGGGGAUUAGGAGCUGUAGGAUUAGCUGUUAUUAUGGGGUGUAAAAAAGCUGGUGCUACAAGAAUUAUUGGUGUAGAUAUAAAUUCUGCUAAAUUUAAAGUUGCUGAAGAUUUUGGAUGUACAGAGUUUAUAAAUCCCAAGGAUUAUGAUAAACCAAUACAAGAAGUUAUAGUAGAGAAAACAGAUGGAGGGUGUGAUUAUACAUUUGAAUGUAUUGGCAAUAUAGGAACUAUGAGAGCAGCAUUGGAAUCAUGCCAUAAAGGUUGGGGUGUAUCUACUAUAAUAGGUGUAGCAGGAGCUGGUCAGGAAAUAUCAACCAAACCCUUUCAACUUGUCACUGGAAGGGUAUGGAAAGGCUCAGCUUUUGGAGGUUGGAAGAGUAGGGAUAGUGUACCUAAAUUAGUGGAUGAAUAUAUGCGUAAAGAAUUGAAAGUUGAUGAAUUUGUUAGUUUCACUCUACCUCUUGAUAAAAUCAACGAAGCUUUUGAUUAUAUGCACAGUGGAAAAAGUAUAAGGUCUGUGGUAAAGCUGUAAAGAAGAUGGUAUAAAAUGAAAAAGUGCCUCCUAAAUUGAUAAAUUUGUUAUGCUUUAAGAUGAUUGUCUGAAAAACUGAACCAAAUUGUUAAAACAAUAAAAUGAUAUCCUAAUUAUGUCAAUAUUUGUUUGAAUAAUGUGUGUAUUAAGUAUGUUGUAUGCAUAUUGGAAAUAUCUUAGUAUAUAAUGUUAAUGUGAAGUAUCACCUGUUUAAAUCCAAUUGUUCACAAAUAAGUUUGAUUAAGCUUUAAUAGUGCUUAGCAUUUCUAUUUAUGUGCCAGAUUUUGUCUGUUUUUGAUAAUUAGCAUUUAUAUGUACAUUUAACUCCAUGGGUAUUUGUAACUUUUAUGAAAGAUCAGUAUUUGUGUGGUUGUUUUUGUUGUUUCUAUUACUGUGCAAAAUUUGCUUUUAUAAUACAGAUUUUAGGAAAAUCAUAACUUUUUAUGCUUCAUUUUUUUAAGAAUAUGUUGAAAUUUAUUAGGAUAUCGCAUAAAUUAGUGUUUGAUAUUGGGGCAUUACUACAUUUACCAUGUAAAAUAAAAAUUUAUAUCUUCAAAAA